AUGUUCGAACUGUUAACAGCGAGCAGAGCAAGAGAAUACACACAGAAGAAGAAAGUGGAGAUCUCCAUGUGCCGAAAACAACCCCCUGAAUCGACUCAAUCUCAGAACGGCCGUGCACAAUCAUCCCUCGCCCAAGAAAAUUCAUCCGUCUCUCAGCUUUCCACCUCUACACUUCUUCCAAUUUAUCAGCAACGCGACCUAGGAGUCCACAACGCCGUUCAACCUCGAUCCUUCCACCGUCUAGUAAUGUGUUGUUCCUUGUGA